CCCCUUCCCCCCAAACUUCACAUUUCCCGAGCUUGAGCAGUUAACAGCAAUUCACCGCAAUGUCACCGCGCUUCGUCCGAUGUUUCUUCCUCAUCUUCGGGUUCUGAGGCUCAUACAAUGCGGGCCAAGGCCAGUAGAUGAGCUCUUCGCGAUCCUGCGGCCCAUGGAACGUCUUGAAGAGCUCGUGCUAUUUGAUACGACCAGCAGCUGGCGACAAAUCCACGAGACUGACUCGCCAGGACUGCACGACACAGUCAUACUCUCGCGGCUGCGACUACUUAGUAUCAAUCAGUCGCGGGGAAGUAGCCUCGCAAGCAUUCCCCUUCUCUGCCGGAUCGCACAUCCGCCAUCGACUGCAAUCCGUCUCGGUUUCAGUUGCCUCUCGUUCUCGCACGCCGAGUACGACGGCUUUAUAAGGCUGCUGUCAGCGAAGAUCAAUGCCUGGAGCGACCUCGACGACCCCUCGUUUCGGUCUUUCCGCUUCGACAUCGACGAAGCACCCGACUUCUACGUUACCGUAAGCCUCUGGCGCGAUCGUCUCCCGCUCUCCUCCUUGCAAGACUCUCUCCAUUACUCUCCAUUCUUCCAAGUCUCCUUCGGCACAGACAACAAGGCAUUUGUGGCUGAUCUACUGCGCCGUCUGCCACUGACGGAUGUGACGACCGCGUUUAUCACGGACGACGCGGCGCUGUGGGGCGUCGCAUAUUGGGAGGAGAUGCUAUCGCUCCUACGGUCCGUCGAGGAGCUCACCCUGCGCUAUAAGAUCGUCUCAUCAACCCCAGUUGAACCUCAUGGCGCGCACACGCUCUGUCCUCGACUGCAGGUGCUCCGCAUCUGCGAAUGCGAGAUGGACCAGUUAUAUGCCGAUCCACGACGUUCCAAGCUCAUCGAGCUCGCCUACGGCUUUGUUGUCCGCGGCGGGGAUACGCUGACAGUGCGGCACCUUGACGCAGGGGUGGGCGGCCUAGCAGCAGGCGCGACGAGCGCGGUGAGAGGGCUACCGUCUCUUGGGCAGAACGCGUAGACCGCCAACGCGCGGCUUAUCACACGCGUUUCGCGAAUUUCUGCGAUGCUCGUGUCACUCAGGCGUCGCUGAGGACUGUGAGCGAGCCGUCCCGACACCUGCGCUCGUGCCUCGGAGGGAGUGAUGUCUGUGCACUGUGAUGUUGUAUUGCUACGAGGCGAGAUACUCUGGGUAUGGAGAUGUGACGAAAUGUGUAGUGCUUGAGGGUCCGGUCCAGUCCGGUCUUUUUCAGCAACCAAGCAGGACCAGGACCCAGACCAGUCAAGGACCAGCAUAUAUUUAUGUAGGACUGGACCAAGACUGGGUCCUGGUCCUGCACAGUCCUCCUUGCGGUCCAGGACCAGUCAUGACCGGUCUCGGACCAAAUUUGGUCCAUGACCAGUUGGGACCAGCUCAGACCGGUCCCCUCCUAGUAAAUAUCGUACAAAUGAAUGGGUUUUGACUUAGAGCAACAUAUACAAGUAGACUAACAGUAUAAUAUGCUAAGUUCAGG